AUGGCCUUGGGAAACCACAGCACCAUCCCUGAGUUCCUUCUCCUUGGGCUGCCCACAGAUCAUCAUGCCCAGGCCCUACUCUUUGUGCUUUUUCUGGUCAUUUACCUCCUGACUCUGUCAGGGAACCUGUUGAUGAUCCUGGUGAUCAGGGCCAGUUCUCUCUUUCACACUCCCAUGUACUUCUUCUUGAGUCACCUCUCCUUCCUGGAUCUUUGUUACUCUUCAGUCACGGUGCCCAGGAUGCUGGAGAACCUCCUGUCUGAGAAGAAAACCAUCUCAGUGGAGGACUGUUUGACUCAGGCCUUCUUUGUACUUGAUGCCGGGGGAACAGAGCUCUGUCUCCUUGCAGCGAUGGCCUAUGACCGCUAUGCUGCCAUCUGCUACCCUCUACUCUACGGUCAGAUGAUGAGCGAUGUGCUGUGUAUGGGACUGGUGUGGGGAUCUUGGGGCCUGGCCUUUCUGGAUGCUUUCAUCAAUACCCUCCUUGCUUGGAAUUUGGACUUCUGUGAAUCUCAAGUCAUCUCCAACUUUAUUUGUGAGAUACCUUCUCUAUUCCCUCUCUCCUGUUCCAAUAGUUCCAUUAACUUUGCUGUCCUGCUCUGUUCCGCCCUCCUGCAUGCCUUUGGGACCUUCCUCCUAGUUUUCUUCUCCUAUGCCCGCAUUGUCUCCACCAUCCUGAGCAUCAGCUCCACCACAGGCAGAAGCAAGGCCUUCUCCACCUGCUCCUCCCACCUCACUGCAGUGACCUUCUUUUAUGGCUCAGGUUUACUUCGCUAUCUCAUGCCAACCUCAGGUUCCCCACUGGAGGUGGUUUCCUCCAUGCAGUAUAGUGUGAUCACUCCUCUAGUGAAUCCCCUUGUCUACAGCCUGAAGAACAAGGAAGUAAAAGAAGCUCUGAAAAACAUGGUGCAGAAAAGUUUACAACAUCUCAAGUAG